AUGGCGUCUCCUAGAAAGUUUGCCGAGAAAAUCGCGCGUCUUAAACAGCAAGAGGAAGAAGGCAAUCGCAGCUAUGAAGAAGUUAUGAAACAACCGUUGUCUGGCAUUGUAGAGGUAUCAGAAUUUUUAUUUAAUGUCAAAUGGUGGCCUUAAUUUUGCUCUAUUUAGCUGACCAAUUUAAACGCGUACGCGAACAGACGCAAAUUGCUAUCACGGAAUGACUCUUAUCCUAUUAAUACCGUAAGUUUCUUUUGCGAAUUUGACGGGCCGACCUGCACCGGAGAAUCUAGCUCGAAAUCCUCAUCAAAGUUUAACUGUUUGAUGAAUCAGUUUGGGGAGCUUUCGUAUAAAUAAGAGUGCAAAUUUUUCUUUUUUUGGAGUUUAUUAGCGGAAGUUAUGAAAGAAAUAUCGUAGUCGUAUAUUGGCUUGUUGGCUGACUAUGAGAAAUGGAUUGAACCUGUUUACAAUUACGGGCCGCCGCAGAGCAGCACGGGAAUAAUUUACGAUGAUAUGCCGAACAUAUCACGAAGUAUUCACGAAGCUGGUCAGGAACAAGAAGUCACUAGCAUUGUGCCGUCAAUACAACGAUAGUCGGCAAUAUUACGAUCAAAUGAAUGUUUAGCAUUUACAAGGCCAUAAUUUCAGGAUCAAUGAUAAGGUUUAGCCAACUGACAAAAACCAAGCCAGUACUUCAAUAUUUUCGUGAAUUUGAUUUGCAUUUUUCCGCAACAAGAAACUGCGCUGAGAUGAGUUUUCUUGCACGUUGAUUGGUCAACAGACGUACCCCCUGUGAACAAAUGGAACGCCGCUAGUCGAGUCUCACAACACACGCUCUGCGUAGAUUUUCAAUAUGGCGAACCCGAGAAAAUUUGCCGAGAAAAUCGCGCUACACAAACAAAAGCAGGAGGAAGAAACUCGUGCUUUCGAACAGGUUAUGAAAGAAGUGUCCAUGCUCGAGGUAUUUUUAUUUUUCUUGAUUAGGAAAUAAUUUCUUUUGUCGGAUUUUAUGGUCAGUGUUGAUUUGACACAGCUGAACGUUGGUUUUCUUUGCUUAUAAGACAACUAGAAAGCCCCAGCUUCACCAGCAGCAGAUACAAGCGCAUUACCGAGGUGGAUCUCUGCCGAAUGUGAACCUCAGCUUAGCUAAUGCACAGAACCGCCUAGAUUUGCAGGUCAUUUAUUGUUUUGCACUUUCUGAUUGUGUUUUCAUAUGUUAGCUUAUACAUUUAGCUUAAAGUUUUCUCUGGGUUUGUUUUGGAGGUUAUAGUAUAACAAAAUGACUCGCUACUUUCCUUCCUUAGAACGCACUGGAUGAUCUCAGGGUACAAAUGGGAGUUGGAGAUCGCAUGCCAGCAAGAGAUAGGCGAUUUGUAAACAGGCCUGUUCCUUUUAACGCGAACAACAGAACGUUUCGGCCUGGAAUAUCCUUCUCACUUUGUAUAACACUCUAACUAAAUGAACUUUUCGAAGCAGAUGUCACGAAUAUUUAGAACUACCGUAUUAUGAAUUAUAGCUUCUGCUGCAAUUUAGUUUAAACUUUAUCUUGUUUUAUGAUUCUCAUCUCUGAUUUUUGAGAAACUGAAUAUCUGGAAACUUUCGUGUAAAAUUGAGUUAGAAUGUUUAAGUUCUCAACAGUCUGUGAGUGGAAAUGUACACGCAUCAUUGUAUAUCACGUUCCCUUGAGGAUCGAAGCUCGUCGGAAGAAAAUUGUCCAAUUUUAGUUUGAUUUGAUCAAGUCUGAGCCAUCCUUAACCUUGACCACAUAGACGCAUCAUCACCUUAUCAUCCACAUCACUUGUCGCCGCCACACAUGGAUCAGUGGAGAGAACGAAGGUAAGCUUAAAUUUUGGUAAAAGUUGUAGAAAUAUCCCCAUUUGUCGGCUGAUACGUAGUUGUAAACAGCACUGUAUAAUUAAUUUGAUUACUUAUAAUGCUGCAUUUGGAAACAAGUGAAAGCCUGCUCGUUGCCUUCGUUCUAGUUUAAAUGUUGUCAAGUGUGUUGGUGAUCACGAAAAAUUGGCGCGCUGAAGCUUAAACUUCGGUUUCCCGCGCAACUUGAGCUUUAGCUUGGGCUUAAUUCAUUGCAGAUUAAUGCAACAAUAACAUCAAUAUAUGAGAUUUGGUAAUGAAAUUUGGCAGCUUAUUGAUCAUCGAUUUUCACUUAGCAGGAUAUUUAUUCCCUAGCGGUGGUAUCUUUAUCGGAUGUUCUGAUUCAUCUGUUCAUCAGCUGAAAGUUUGUUUGGUCAUUUGCUGACCAUUGCUAAGCAGAAGGCAUUCAUUAGAAAAUUUAACUGCAUGUCCUUGCAGUUCGUCAAUCACAAUGCAUUUUUACUUAAUGUACUGGCAAAUGGUUAUUUUUAACGUCUUGAACAACAUUUUUGAGGUCAUACAUGGUUAAAUUAUGUGGUUGUCGGUGAUCUCUAUGUUUAACAUAAAUUAGUUCAGUUUCUGGUUAUAUGUGAUAUAGCUUAAAAUAAAAUUGAAGGUUAAAAUUUUUUAACCCAGGUUGAUCACCAAUUUACUUUGACAAACGACCUAAUAUAUGAAAUUUCCACUCUCCACUCCGUCUAAAGCUCUUACUAAUAAACUGUUUCCUCUGGAAAUUUACAGUGUUUACAUGUGAUGAUGUAAGGAUAAUUAUUAAAGUUUCCUACUAAAAUUUUUGCCAUUAAGGUGAUGUUACACAAGACAAUUCGCAACAACAAUUUUUAGCGCAACACAGUGUUGCAAUGUUGGAACAAUGUUGUAACCAUUCGAAACAAUGUUGCAACGCUGUGUUGCGUUAAAAAUCAUCGUUGCAAAUCGUGUCAUGUAACAUCACCCUAAGCCAAGCCAUAUGCAUCAUAUGAAUGAAUGACCCUUGCCUAAAAGUAAGUGGAGUUUGUUUAAAAAUUUGGAAAAGUUAUCAUGGAAAUAUUAGAGAAUAGGUCAUUUUACACUAGUGUGUAUAGUGCCUUGGUCUUUGAAUAGAAGCAAGGCUGAACUUGUGACCUUGUUUUGUUACAAACCAUGUUGUUUUUCAUGUGUUAAUGAUGAUACUCUCAGGCUUGUUAGCAUCAGAAUACAACUGUAACAAGAUUUGCCCUUUGCUUGCUACUCUGUUGCCUUAGCAACAGUAUCUAUCAAAAGAAAAAGGCUGACAGCCUAAAGUCAAUGGCAUAUAUAUAUUAACCAGUAAAUAUUAUAAACAAAAAUGUAUUCUGUAAUUUGGUAAUCAUGUUAAGACAGAUAGCUGGGGAACAAAACUGUGACAAGGUUAUCUUUAACUUGUACUAACUACCAACUUUCUUCAACAGCUUCUUCUUUCUUUAUACAAAUUGUUUAGCAUUUUUACUUAUAUUAUGGUUGAAACAUUCAUAUAAUUUUUUGCAUAUAUAGCGUUAUCUAAUAUUCUCUUUAAGCAACUAGCAAAGGGUAGUUAUUCUAUUUGUGCUCAACCACUCCAGCUACCUAGGGAAAGUUCAUUUAAUAUGACAAGGGGGGGAGAUGAAGAUAUUGAAACUCGAAGCUUGAAAUUUUAGCAGCCCCCCUCGCUAGCGGUUCAAUUUUUUAGGACCCCCUCCUUGGUAGUUGAAAAAAUUUCAGAGCCCCCCCCCCUCCUUCUUCAAUUCUUUUGCUCCCCUGAAAAAAGAUCACUAGACUGUAUUAAAUAUAUUUACCGUUAUUGUCUUCAGUGGUUUAUACUAUGACAAACUUGAGAUACAGUUGUGAUACAAUUUUCUAAAGCAUUUUUGGGAUGAACAAGAGUGUAAUAAUUACUGAGACUACAUUUGUUAUAUCUGUAAACCACGUGAUAUAGCUGAGUUGCACAGGUCAUUAAAUUGUUGAGUUGAAAACCAGCCGAUCAGUAUGAUGAUGUCAUGUGUUGGUUUUGAAGUAUACAAAUUUUCGGAGCCCCCCCUCCUAGUGCAACAAUUUUUUCAGAGCCCCCCCUUCGGGUGUCUAAACAUUUUCGGAGCCCCCCUUCAAUAUCUUUAUCCCCCCCCUUGUCAUAUUAAAUGAACUUUCCCCUAUACCCUGCGAGCAGGCUCGCUUGUGCAAGUUUGGAGAAAAUUUUGGUGGCGGAGCCACCAUCCUGCGAAGAGAAUGGGCCGAGAAAAAGUGAGUUCCUUGGCAGUGGAGCGGCCAUCCCACAAGGAGAAUGGGCCAAGGAAAAGUGAGUUCCUUGGCCCCAGUCUCCUCAUGGGAUGGCAGCUCUGCCACCAAAAAUUUUCUUUGAACUUGCACAAGUGAAUCCUGCUCGCAGGCUAAGCAAGCUAGUUUUAACUCUCAUCAUGUUUAAAUGAAACUUUGGUCUUGGGUCAUAUAUGUCUCAGCUGACAGUCGAUACAUUUGGUCAUGUUUUUGCCUCACUACAGUAGUGAUCUCUUCUUAACAGCAGUGGUCACCAAAACACAAUGCAAUGUCAAAAUAACCUUUUACAACACCCAUUUAAUAAUAGCAAUCAAAGUGUAGUGUGUAUCAUUGUUAUACAGGGUUUUCCCUGAAGUGCAAAUACACACCAGAAACGUGAUGUCUAGCUGAAAAACAAAAUAAGAGAUGCAAACCAGCAAGGAGAAUGGGUCCUUUUGGAUGUGUUUAUUCUAGUUUAGUAGUAACUAAUUUAGAAUAGAGUAGAUCUGCAAAUCUUACUUGUAUCUUUCAUUUGGAUAGGAUGAUAUUCUACCAUAAGAAGUUGUUUUCAAAAUUCAGUGUCAUAAAUUUUGUGCAGUUUCUGUCAUAUAGCACUGAAUUAGUUAGAAAUACCUCAACUUCUCUAUUCAUUGUAGAGUUAAUUCAUUUUUACACAAACUGAUAAGUAGUUUGUAGUGUCUAAAGCAUCUGUUGUUACUGGUACUGUGUCCAGUAAAUUAUUUGGUGAAAGAUUACAUUGUUCCAUAGGAAUUUGGAUUAAAUUCUGCAAAGCUUGGGACCCCAGCUGUUAGUUCUGGCUCCCUCAGCCUUUAAUGAAAGGCAUUUUAGGGACUCCAACAGUAAAAUAUAGCGGUAAAGCCCUGGUUAUAGGUUAAAUCCAUUCUCAGAUUAAACCAUCAGGACUGUCAUUAAAGGUGAGAACCGGGGAUUUCCUCCGGCUACUUUGAACGUGGCCCCCCGGCUACAUGGAAGAAAAAUGGAGUCAAAAGAAAUCCCUAGCUGUUUUUAUUUUAGUCUUGUUGUAUUUACGCGGCCGCUUGAAAUCUUAGUGACAUCCCUGAGGAUAAGUUCCUUUGUCCCCAUUUAAUAUUUUGGGCUAAGAAACAAAGGAAAUUCUAAAUGAAUCUAGGUUGAGAAAUGGUUUACCCUGCAGGGGCAAAGAAAGUCAGUUUUACAGCCUGCCAUUCGGGCAAGCUGUAGCUAGCAUGUACUAGCCCACAAGUCAUUUCAGCUAGCCCUGAAACCCUUUUUGAUUAGCAGGAUUGAUUGCAAUCCUUCUGUUAUUUGAAUUUCUCCAAAAAACAGCACUUGCCCAUGGGGCAAGCUAAGAACAAAAAUCACUAGCCUGAUAGCAAAAUCCAAUAGCCCCGGGCUAUUGGAUACAAAUAAUGUAUUAACUGCUGUCCUCAUGUACUGUACCUUACUCCCUUUGUUUUGAUAGCAUUUUCUGUUUUUUUUAUUGUGUUCAGUAUUCAUUUGCUUUAUACCUGAUAUGUGAACUGCUUUUUUGAUCAUAGAAUUGCCUCUGAUUCAGCCCUUCAUGAAAGUGUUAUGCGAGCAGAAGUUAAACCAAAAGGUAGGGGCUUUUAAGCUGUAUAUCUGUAAAGUUGAACCUAAUUGAUAUACAUGCUGAAGGGAGUCCAUAUUAAUUAGGCCAGGUUUUUUAUGUCAGUGAUAUACCUUUUAUCACAGUACUAAACAGACACAUAAACCAGGACAUGCAUAGGAUAAAACCAAACAUUUGGUGGGCAAAACACUGACCCCGAGUCCACGGACUACCCUAAAAUGGACUACACCGCUGAAGUUUAGCGAUUAAGCUUAGGGAACUGAGUGAACUGUUUCCUAACCCCCAUCACUAAACUUCAGGGCCCAGUUGUUCGAAGCGCGAUUAGCGCUUAACCCAGGGUUAAAUUUAACCCGGGUUUCUUUUUCUUGUGUUCAAAAGCAUUUUCUCUGAUAAUUUUUUCCGUUAUUUUUACAGCCUCCAAUCAUCAACUUGUAGACAAAAGGAAGUAAAACUGAAUUGAUUUUUAAGCUUUCAAAUCUGAAUUCAAAUCUCACACUAACCCUAGGUUAUCUUAACCCAGCUUUGAACAAAUCGGCCCAGAGUGGUAUCGUCCAUUUUAGGGAUGUCCAAAUGGAUAGUCUGUGAGGGGUAGUCCAUGGACUGGGGUCAGUGUGUUUUGUCCACCACCGUACUCAGUGCUUGUUUGCUGCCAAAAAACUCAGAAGUUGACCUCUAAUUCUUAUUUUAUCCUUCUAAUGUAGCAUUUUGUUCAUAGAUAUGCUUUCAUCUUAAAUAUUUGUUACUUAAGAAACGGAAAGUCUUGUUACAGCACAUAGUUAACAUAGUGUUUGUUCCAAUAAUUAUUACAUAAUUCUGUUACUAAAAUAGAUAUGGAGAAAUUGAUUUGUUGAGAGGAAGUUGAUGUUUUUCAUCCAUCUUUUCUUCAGAAAAAACUCUGCCAUCAUAUGAGGUGAGGAAGGUAAGGUGUAGAAUGACUGUGUGAUGGUAAUAGUCAGCAUGUUUGGCCUGUAUUUCACAUGUCAUGAAAAUUCUGGAUUUUAUUACUUCUGAUCAUUCCAGAUUUCACCGAUAUGAUUAUAUGUCAGAAACCCCUGAUACUGUCCGGUCCCGCAGGCAGUUUUGAUAUUUUGGGGACAAGACUAGAGCUAAGCUGUUAAAAGAUUGAAAGUGAGCAAUCCUGAAGUCCCUCACAGUACAAAAUUUGAGUUUUUCAUUAUUUUUUUUUGCAAUGAACUUUGUUUAUUGUUUAUUGUUUUGUUUGCCAAAAAUUGUACAAAUCAAUUAAAAUCUAAUUACUUAAACUCUCAUGGCGAGGAAGCCCAAGAGAAGCCACCAGGCUUAUAAGGAAUGGGCUCCCUCAGUUAGAUAAUUAGAACAAAAUAUUAUCAUAAUUACACAUGGGAAAAACAAUGGCAGAGCUACAGUAAAUCUUAAAAUAAGUAUAUUAGAUAGUCGUACUAAUCAUAGUUCUAGGCUAAAAAAGGGAAAUGACAAAAAGAAAAAAACAACAAAAAGAAAAUAAAAGAGCAAAGGAAGAAAAAAAAUACCUAUAUAUAUAUAUAAUAUAUAAAUUACUAUUUAUGAUAAGAGGAAUGCUUUCAGCUUACAGCAAAGGGAAGCGGUACUUGUUGCAUUUCGAAUUUCAAAACUAAGAGAGUUAAAAAAUUUAGGACCUUGGAAACUGAUGGAGAACUACUCUACAACAAUACGAGAAAGUAUGGCAAAUUGCAAAUUGCAAAUUACACGAUCACUAUAAUGCACUAACUAUAUGCAGAAGUUUUUAACUAUUUACAAGCCCUGGGACUUCACAGUAAUGAUCAUUUCUGGUACCACAUCAUUACUGUUAUCUUAACAUAAUGGAAGGGAAAAAUAGUUUCCCAGUGACAUGUGCUGAUAUAUUCAGACUGAAUGAUCAAAAUACACCAUUAUAGUACUUUUCCACUUGGAUUCUUUACUAGUAUAGCAAUUCUUUAUGACUCAGCUUGUGUAUAAACAAAUUUUUGAAAAAAAACAUUACCGUUUUUCAAUCGUCCACCAUCUUGAAUCAUUCCCAAAGUGCAUUAUUGCAUGUUACUGAUAACUCACGCAUGAAGGAUGUUUUGCACUUAACAGCAGCGAUUGUUAUGGCUUCCAGUACCAAGAAAAAAAAAAGAAAUUACUCUAAAAAUUAAAAAAACAAUUAGAUUGUAGUCUUUUAGUGACAAUUUCAUUGUGAAACUGAUGAUGAGGUCCGAAUCUCUUUAUGAAAAAACAACAUCUGUAGUGAACAUUUCAAGUGAGUAUACUUACUCCUUUAGUUGGAUCAAAGACGAGUCUUGAGUAUUUGACACUUUAGUGAACACACAUUUUAACACUUAAAUUGACCUUCUUCUGACAUUUUAAUAAGAAGUUUUUUGUAAAUAAUAGUAUACACUGAUGUUCUUUAAUUUAAAAGUAUGUUUAACAACAUGUUUUCAGAAAACUGUUUCUGUACAUUAAAAGAAAUACAAGUGGGUUCCCAUGAAUUUUCGCGGAACAGAAAAAAAUUGUGACAGAUAUUUUCCCAUGAUCUCUGGGCUUGGAACCAAAAAAUUGUUGUCCAUGGGAUUUGAAAUCCUAGGGCUUGUAUUCAUGAAGAUUGUGAAAAAGUGAAGCUAAAUAGAAAAAAAUAUUCUGAAAGAAUAAUAAUGAGUUUUAAACAAAGGAAAAUAAAAUUUAAACCAAGGAAAAAAUUAAAACACAACAUAUAUACUGUACAAAGCACUUUCCAUGUGGUAUUAUGUUUAUUAUCUACAUAUUGAGACAUUCAUCAAUUUGGCAGGCUUUUUAUUUCAAAUCUUUCCAAAAUGCUAAAAUUUGCUGCUACACACCGCAAAAUGACAAACAAAACGAAGCAUCAGCUUAUUAGUAAAGGUGUUUGGUAAUAAUAUUAAUGAGGGUAAGAAUAUGAGGUAAUCCAAGAAUUACAAGUAAUGUUAAAUUUUUUUUUUGAAUGCACAAUUGACAAUGAAUGAAUUUAUGUAAAAUGGCGAAUUUGAAUAAUUAAGUAAGAAGACAAGUAGCUCUGAUAAAAAGCACAGCUUAAGCUUAUAUCUCUUUCUGUUUUUCCCCUUUGCUGUUGUUUAACUGGCUCUAUACAAUUCUCUUCAUCAACAGAGAAAUACACAAAACUAUUCCACUCCAAUUUCCAAGAUGUUUUUUGCUUUUUUAUGAGAAAAUCUCUUUGAGAAAAACUUUUCUUGUUGAAUGUCUGCAAAGCACUCGCAAAGCGAGGGCACUGCAAGUGCCUAUAAAAGGCAGGAAUUUUGGCAUGAGACUCACACACCUCUGUGAGUUCUGAUUGGACAUACCAUUUUUCUCACAUGUGGAAAAACAUCAUUUGCGAUUCUGAUUUGAGGUACCAUUUUUUUCACAUGUGAAAAACAUCAUUCGCUCCUCUGAUUGGCUAGAACUCAUUUGCAUAUGAAAAUUUACGACAUAGCUUUUUGGUGAGUAUUUCUCAGUAUGUAUAUGGUAUGCAUUUUUUGGGAAAAUUAUGAAUUUUAAAGCUAACUUUCCCAGAAAUUAAAGCAAAGGCAAUUGCCAACUCAAAGUCACAAAAAUGUACCAUAACCAACAGUUUGUAUUUUACUUGUGAACUUAUUUUGAAUUCGAACUACUUCAAAAAAUCUAUGCUGAUAUCGUAAUUCCAGUUUUUUUAACCAAUGACAUACCGGUACAUUCCCUGAUGGCCACAGAAGGAGCAAUAUAGUAACUGUUGUUUAUUUUUAUUAAUAUCAUUGUUUUGCCUGUCCAUCAAAGCUGAUUGUGAUUGGUUUUUUGCAAUGUUAACAGAUAGAUGUAUUUUUGCUUGACCUCUGGGUCAAAACAUUUUCUAUUAUGUGUUCACAGGUCCGCAGUCCAUCGAGACCCAAGUCAUGUGAAGUUCCUGGAAUGUAAGAUUAACCUGUUACUUUACUUAACCAAGUUCCUCUUAGUAUAAUGUUGUUUCAAAUAAGCCUCAGCAUGUCAAUGAUUUAGACGGUACAGUCUUCUACCUCGUAAAAUUUUAAGAACUGAGCAUUGGUCCAGGCCUGGGAAUGGAACCUGUAACAUCCACAGACAAAAACCAACUACCAACUCAGCUUUAUACCCUGUGGAAGUGCUUUUACAAAAUUAAUGCAAUACUUUUACAAUAAAAAACAGGCUUUUUAAAAAUAAGUGUCAUCUUAGGAAUUGGCUGUAGAGAGUGAUUUUUUCUUUUAUGAAUAUAUAAUCAUAUUUUUUCAUGGUUAUCCUGACAUACUUUACCUGUACACCACCACCACCAUAUCAUUUUAUUAAUGUAAAUUGACAGUUAGCUAAAAGCUAUUUUGCAGGAAAACUCACAGUUAAAGGAUUUUACAAUACAAAGAUUAAAUUAUAUCUACUAAAAAUAUAAUGAUAUAAGUGUUAAACAUUUUGUUCUUUUCUUUGCCGUGCAACAGUAAUUUUCUUUUGGUGACUUACAGGAUGUACCCAUCAGCAGAACAUAUGUCACCAAGUGGUCCAAACUUACAGAUUGGUACCACCAACACAGGAGGAUCACUGCCAGAUUUGACAAAUCUGCACAUCCCAUCACCACUUCCAACACCUAUUGACCCUGAUGAACAAAUUAAUCAAGUAUUGUCACCUCAGCAAUUUCAGAUGUCUCAGAGGCAGAGCCCUACUCGGCGACAACAGGGUAAUCAUCAGCCAUUGAGAAAGCCUCAAUUCAUGCAUGACAUGCCAUUAAUGUCUGGAAACAUGUCACCAAACUUGGAAGACAGAUUACAACAAUUUCAGUUGUAUCCGCCAGGGAAUGCUAUUAAUAAUGAUUUCAUUUCACAUGGAAAUGUCCCCAUCACAACAAGUUCCUCACCAACGUUAUCUCCCACAUCAUCGGCACCCAUCACACCUCUUUUUGGUAACUUGCCAACCAGCCCAAUGUCACCUUUUACUCCGGAGCUUUAUUUUAAACAACAGCAGUCACAACAACAGUUGUCGCAGCAGCCGAACACAUUAUCAUUACAACAACAACUUGAACAAUUUUCAAUGCAUCGUCCAAUGUUGAAUACAUCAAUGCAGCUGCCCUUUCAAAGUUUGCUGUCGCAAACACCAACAACAAUCCCUCAGGGAAUGUCAAGCUUAGCAAAUUUUUAUGGAGGUCAUUCAAGGGUACCAGACUUAAUUGUAACUGCUGAUGAUGGUGGGCAUAAAUCUGACUUAGCAAAAGAUCUUAGUUCAGCAAUGGCCAACACUGUUGGAGAUGAUCCUGGGGAACUGUACUCUUCGGAUGUUGUUCUUGAUCCAUUAGAUGUGGAAGGCUUUCAAAUGUUGUCUGGUCAGGAAUCAGAGCUCACUGAUGCUGCCACAGAAGAUCAAUUCCGUUUAGACAGGCUUGGGUAAGCUUUAUUUGUGCUACAUUUUAUUUCAUGAGAAAAAUCUAUCCUUAUAAGUGAACAAUGGGUACCAUUGCCCAAUUAUAUGCUUGAGGAGGGGACUUGUUACAAGCCCAUGUGUAAUAGAAUUAUCAACACAGACCAACAUAGUCCAACAGAUCAUAGUGAGCUUUACCAGAUCCUCAUGUUUGGUGUUAAUUGGGCCAAUUACUAAAUGAGAUACAGCCAUUCAAAAACUAUGAAAUUAACUUAGCAAAAUAGAAGACAUCUGAUAAGUGUCCAGCAAUCCAAACAUUUUGCAGUAAAUUUUCAAGUUUUUGAAGAUAGAAGUUAACAAGUGUUUGGAAGAUAUUGAAGAAUUCUGGCUUAACACUGUAAAAAUGACAAGCAUGGUAUUUAACUUAUUAUACUACUACAUGAGAUAUUGCUGUAAUCUGAUUGGCUUAGACCAAUGGUAUUUCAGCUUAAUUUGAAAUAUGUACAUGUGAAAUAAUUACAAACCUUUUGCAGGUAGUAGUAUAAACAAGUAAUAGCAUGAUUUGUACGUGAUAUUUGGCAUAAAAACCACUCGUGAUAUUUCAAAAUUGUCUCAAAUUUCACUUGCCUAACGGCUCGUGAAAUUACAUAUAACAAUUUCGAAAUACCACUCGUGGUAUUUAUGCCAAAUAUCACUACAAAUCACGCUAUUACCUAUACGAGUACACAAUGUAGUAGUUUUGUCACUGAAUUCCUUUUAUUCAACCUUUAUUAAAAAAUUUCUAGUCUUUCAAUAGGGGUGCCAUUAUGCAAGACGUCUAGCUAAGUAAAUAAAAUUACGUUAAUAAUAAUGAUAGUAAUAACAAAAUCUCAUACAAAAGGUAAAAAUAAUGAUUAAAAAUAUUCAUAGCAUUGGUCAUUGUACAAUAUUAAAAUUCAUAAUUGGCUAAAAUGCUCAAAUAAUACUUUUUUGAAUCGAUCAGCGGACUUAAUGUUAACCAUUUCGCUUGGUAACACAGUCCAGUCCUUGACAGUUCUACAAAAAUAACUAUUCUUAUAAGCCUCAGUAUUUGGUAGCAGUUCAAUAAACUUGUUCUGGCUAGAGUCCUUCAAAUGUCUUCUGCGCUUCAUAACAUUGUCUGGAAAGCCAGGCUGCUAUCACCAUGAAUUUCUUUGUGGAAUAAGGUUAAUUGUUCUUUGUACCUUCAGCGGUAUCCAGGUUAACUUGUUCAAGAGGUUUGUAACUGUUCCUGGUUCUUGCGUAUAACAAUUUUUAACGAAGCGUGCGGCUCUUCUUUGUACUCCCUCUAUUUGUUUGACUUGUUUUUUCAAAUGUGGGUCCUUUUUUAUGACCUUAACAUUUUGGGGGUCAGGGGUGUCCUUUACAUACAUACAUACAUACAUACAUACCCUUUAUUAAAGUGUCUUGUCGUUCUAGUGCCUAUUGGCACUAAUUGUCCUUUCUUAUGAUCUUAACGUUUUGGGGGUCAGGAUGGUCAGGACACAACUUGCAUUUCAGAUAAACAGUGCACCUCACAACCACACGGAACAUCCAACACCACCAUUGCCUAAUUUUAUUUGUUUUGACUGAAAUUAAAUUUUCAAUACAAUUUAUCUAUUAAUGUAACUAUCUCUUAAGCUACAAUCAGAAUUGGUGUGUAAUUUGUUAUAUCUUUCUUACAGAGCUGCAAGACUACAUUGAAUAAACUUAAUAGUUGCAAGUACGUGUUAAGGAAAACUGUUUUAAACCCGUCACAAGUUGUUGGACAAGAUUCCAAAGGAAUGCAAGUACUUUUAAAUCAAAAGUCAAUGUACAAAAUGCAAUAUUUGUGAUGGCCUGGUUUUAUCUUGCGGGUAACUUAUUUUCUGAAUGCAUAUUAAUUAAUUAAUUACUAUGAUAUGUAAUGCAAUUUAGGAUUAGUAUUUUAUUAAGGGUUACAGGUUAAAAAGUGAUAAAAAAUGUUUAUUCAUAAGAUGCAACCCUUUUGUACUCAUAGUUACUAUGCUGUGUACCAUAAAGUCUCUCUUGGUGGCGUGUAUUAUAAUGAUAGAAUUCCCAUCUGAGCGGCAUUUGUCAUGUCGUGCUGAUAAUGUGGUGUACAAGGAACAUUUUACGUUUUUUUACUGUGUGGACUAAACCAGAGGUAAAUAUAAGAUAUAUGUGUUCUAUACUUCUUUACAUUAAUAUUUUUUCAUUUAUUUUAUUUUAAGUGCAACCUUCUCCAUUAAAAUUAGUUUUCACAUGGUCAAGGUUGGUCCAGGCAGCAGAAGGUUAUGUAUCCUGCGUCAUUGACAUAAUGUAACCGCAGAUGGUAACGUCUGCGCCGGAAGCAGCGCCAAUGUCAUUGUUCUGGGUCCCCAACGGACUCAAAGAAUUACCAGAAGUGCAUUUCAAAUUUUUUCUUCAACGUGAUUGGCAAAUCGACAAUGACUUUUUUAACAGACCACUGAUGGUGCGUACUCAAAUCCUGGUACACAGGUGGGGAGCCAGAACAAGUAUUUUGGCGCUGUUUCGCAGAAGAACUUAACAAGAAGUUUAGUUCCGUCAGUGGCACAGACUAAAGGAUAUAAAGCUACUGUAAAAUUCCAAACAUAUUCCCUAAUGUUGAUAACCUCCUCAAAAUAAAAGCUCCCCCAAAUUCAAAAAGCAAAAAAGGUAACUUUAAUAAGCCCCUCUAACAAAGGUCUGGGCAAAAAUAAAUCCCCGGGCUUAUUUUAGGAAUUUUAUGGUGUUCAACUACCAUGAACUGAUAUGUUAGUGAUAUACGUGUACAGCUACUUGAAGCUUCAAGUUAUGACUCGACCAAUUUCAACCAUGUCUGUUCCCCCACCCUGAGGCUCAAAACAAAUGCCACACGCUCGGAAACAACAGAAUCAACUGUAUUGAACAAAACGGCUAAGAAAAUAGCUAGAGAGGUUUAGAAAUGUGUUUAUAGCAAACUACAAUCAACAGUUUCAAGUUGAAAGUUUCUCAAAUUUGGAAAUGAGCUGGUAAAAGGUGCCCAAACUAGGUCUUAUUGAUUAAACUGACUUGAAACUACUAAUUUUUGCGUAGACAUAAUAAACAGUAAACAAGUUCAUGUUUGGAAUUGAUGGAGUCAUUACAGAUCUUUUAUAGUAAAUAACAGUCAGUGAGUAUUUAACUCUUAACUCUUAAAACCCCUGAUAUCAAAACACAAAUUAUCUUUUCCCGUACCUCUGGCAUAAUUAUAGCUUUAGUGUGGAAAUAAAAAAAACUUCAAGGAAUACAUCUCUGAAGUGAUCAUGAACUUAAUCUCUUAACCUCUCCGACUGGUUGUGAAUCCUCAUCUCAAGGAAAAGUUCGGUGCUAAUCCCCUUCAGGGCACAAAGAGUUAAGAGACUCUCAUAAUCACUGACUGUAACGGAGUUACAAACAAAACAGACAAAUCUUUCCACUUUUGAAUUUCAUGCAUUAGAGGACAUGAAUAUUCAUCAUACCCAAUUACUUCUAAAAAAGGUCUGUUGGGGCCAACGUUUCUUUAAAUAAAAGCUCUCGUCUUUAACGACAGUAACUAGUAACUAAAUCCUUUUGUGCAAAAAAUAAAAACAAACUUUCCAGUUAUCCACUUAACCUGAAUACAUUUACCAAGAUGUUGUCUGAUGUGUCAUAACCCGGUAUGGGGUAUUGAAUGGACUUUGCAAGUAUGUUUUAGCAUAUAAAAAUAUUCCUGUUCUCCAGCAAUGAGUCUGCGCAAGCAUCCGUAAGUAGUUUUACCAACAUUUGACAGGUCAAUACCCACAAGGGUGAUGUCACAAGAGUAUAUAUAACAGACAGUAAACUGGGUUUCAUAAGAUGGCCCCAUACGACUUUUUUCCCAUAUCGUUACGUACUAUUAAUUUAGCAAAAGUUUGUUGAGCUCACUCAGUAUUGCAAUAAAGCUUAAUACCAGAUAAACUGUCUUUUGUUGCACUGCUGUCUUUUGUAUCUUAUUAUAAGCCCUCCGCACCGUUUCAAAUAUAAUCUCCAAUACCUAUAGUGUCCUCGUCUGCGCAUGCGCACACUCCUGUUUUUUUUCAAAGUCAGUGUAGCCCGAGGUCCCAUUUAUAUGGAGAAAACCUGUCCCAGUUAGGAGGGUGGACCUUCCAGCCGAAUCAACUUUUAGUGAGCGUCUAUCUGAGAAAAAAGUUGACCCCUUUGCCUGAGCCAGUUAUACCGGUCGUUUCGAUACAAGUUUAUUCAUUCAAGGUGAUGUAUUUACAUUCGGCGGAGCUAAACGUAGUGGCAGUGACAGAGAAUGUAAAUACUUUCCUAUUGGUAUGAACGCACGUGAGCCACUAUGGCGUUAAUUGACUCUAUUGUUAUUAGGUAUAUAAGGUUUUGACAGUUGUAAUGUAUUCAUCUCAGCUCUCGAACUAUCAACUUUUAUUUUUAUAUCUUACUUUAUUCAUCUAUCGAUUGAUUUUUUACCUUUAACCCCCAGAGGUUGUGCGACCGCAUCGGUUGGGGAAUACGUUCCCAAUUUUUUCCCAUUGGGUUUUGGGUUUUCGUAUCAGGCGGCGCACGAGAAUAGUUUAGCCUGAGUGACUUUAUUUAGGGAUAUUUGUACACCAUUCUUUAGUUAUGACGUUGAACUUUGUAUGAUAUUUGGACGGCAUUAAACACUCAGGCUCCUUAGUUCGAGCUGCACACCCAUUCCCGUCUCUUAGUCGUGAAUAUAAAUAGGAAUAAAUAGUUCCACGUACUUGGUUUAAAGGACGAAGAUAUUCACCCAAAAUGUUUUUCUUGUUCACUCGCAAACUAUACUUGAAGGGAACAAAAUUUUUGUGCAAUUUCACUGCUUGAGUUUGUAUCGAAACAACUUGUAUUGAAACGACUGGUUUCCCCUAAGCCAACAGCGAUCUCGCGCAUGCUCUGAUUGUCUUGCUUUGACUGAGUUGGUCAAAGAAACGUUGGCCCGGCUGGGAGGUGACCCUACCUACUUUUUGUUUGUUUGUUCGUUGUUGUUGUUGUUUUUGUCAUGUUAAUAGUUCGCCACAUUUUGUAAGGAAUGUAUGGAAAGUUGGCUUGUCCAGAGUAGCUCUAACCUGCGUGGUAGGCGUUCGAAAGGGAUGGAAAAGGGAAUUAGGGCGCGAGACCGCGCGCGAGGAAGGAGGGAGAAAACAAUGGCUUGCUUGCAGGCUUCCCCUCCUCUUUCCGCUCUCACGCGCCCAAAUUCCCCCUUCCCCCUCCCCUUUUAACGCCGCCAGGCCACCGCUGGUUUCCCCGCCGCGCCCAGGGGAACCAGUGGUGGCCAUGGCGUCUCGAAAAAUCAGCCCAGUUUUACGUUUGUAUGGUCUGCAUCAAUUUGGAAAAAAUUAUAGCAUAACGUCAAAACAGCGAAUGGUGUGACGCGGGUUUGGGCCGAUUUUCAGCACAUCAUGAAGAUUAUUUGAUGAGGUUUAAAAAGAAUUCUGUCUAGCCGUUCAAGGGAAAUAAAGGACGCUAAAAGUCAAAAUUUAGAAUAAAGUUGCCCGUAGACCGGUGGUGAGAAAACAGGUUAGGAUCGCAAGAAAGAAAAUACACCAAAAUUUCCAAGCAGCGAAAUAUGAUAUUCUGACGGUACUUAAGAAAAUUUGAGUUUUUAAAUUAACACAUUUUUAUUAAACAAUUUUUUCACGGCUAUCGAAAAUAUAAGGUUUGCAAUCUAUUUACACUUUAUUUGAAUUUAAACAUACGGAAUUUUUUUACCUCUCACGGAGGUUAUUUGCAUAGUAAUAUCGAUUAUACCAAGAGACUAUAAAGGGAACAGAGAGGGCAUCCCCCAUAUACACCCUAUUCCAUAGGUAAUUCGUUUCGAGUUAUUUUUAGAAUCGGGAUAAAGUUACCUCGCGCGAGGCGUGGAUGUUUCGUGGAGGUUUCGCAUGACCAAACGCCGUGCAAUACAUGUCGCGCGAGAGGCAAUGAAAGCGUAAAAAGAUCGAGAGCAUUUCUGAAUAUUGAAGCGAAAUGAGUCGGCGCUCACCCGGGAAAAAGGAAUCGCUGGACUCUUUGACAACCCGUGAAAUCAGUUUAACUCGAAGUUGUCGUAACCUCAGUGCUUUAAUAAAAUGAGAAAUUUCGCCGGUCUAUUGAAACCGGUCGUUUGUACAAUUUAGGGAGUUUAAGAUCCAACGACGCGGACGACAACUAGAACGUCAAAAAAACAAUAGGUUUAAUUAGCAAAACAACAACUUGGCACGUGCAACACACUUUUUUGUUCAUUUCUUUUCCAUUUUUGCACGACUACGACGUGAAAAUGCCUAAUUUCGCGUUUAUGGAGGACGUAAAUAAGCAACGACGAAAUUUUAUUUCUCUUUCUGAGCUUGAAUAUGGUCCCUUGAAAUUCAGCUUUAGGAGGGUUCGCCUACAAUUCACAAAGUAAGUGGGUAGGAAUAAUCGCUAUAAAGACUGAAAAAAAUAAACAUCAAACCAGAAAUUGCUCUCUUCAAACUGAUCCUGAGAGAAUAUUCAGUGUGUUAAGGAUUUCCUAGCCUCCCCCGCAGGCAUUUUUAGGGGAGCUCGUAUUUCUUCCCUCCCCAAGAAAUACGAAGAAAUACGAGCUCCCCUAAAAAUGAAAUACAAGAAAUACGAGCUCCCCUAAAAAUGCCUGCGGGGGAGGCUAAGGAUUUCCCUGCUCUACUGUUAGGUCUAUACAAGAGAGGAAGGACCAUUCUUUUUUAAUUUCGGUUUCGCUGACACAGCUUUCGCAGAAAUCUCGCUGUAGUCAUUUUCGUCGACAAAAGGAAUAGCAAAAUCGCUCUCCGCGUUUUCCCCCAUUUUGUUCUGCGUCAUUUCGUGAAGGACGCGUGGCUCUCAGCGUGGGUCAUCCACGCGAACACACUCGCGCUAUGUGAUUGGCUGUUGUCUAAUCCCCCUUGAGAUCUGUGGUGUUAAAAAUAACUCGAGACGAAUUACCUAUGGAAUAGGGUGUAUAUGGGGGAUGCCCUCUCUGUCCCCUUUAUAGUCUCUUGAUUAUACUUAAGACUGCAUUUUGAAAAACUUCAAUUCAUAGUCAAUCACUGGUGAAAAUUUUAUAGCGAUCGGGCAAGAAUAAAUCACUUUUAAGACGAUGGAAAAAUAUCGGUAUGGCCUCGGAAAAACUGCAUCGAAAUACCUUAACCUGGGGAGUUAAAUGCGAAAAAUUAAAUUUUAGAAAAUCGUAGGGAAUUUGUCAGAUAAGCUUCGAAACUAACUUAUACAUGAAUGGAACGGGCAACUAGAAAUUUUCAGCCUAGCUCCAGCUAUAGAAAAUAGUAGGCAAUUUUUGCUUCUCCGGACAGAUAUUUUACAGAAUACAGUCUUUGGGUGCCCCUGUUUGAAGGCUCAACUUAGCCAGGCGUCUGGAGGAAGAAAUAGUGUCAGAGGACUAAUCCCGAAAUUUUAAACAUAAACGAUACAUUGAUAGGAGACAUAAUAAUAAUAUUUUGUAAUUGUUCGCCAUUCGUGGAGUUCAAUUCGCUCGUCAUCUGUUUUGACCACGCGUUGUUCUGCAGUUUAACUCCCACAGAUUCCACUGGUUUCACAUUUUUAUAUUUUCAUCAUAUUCGUUAAUUAUUUAUUUAUUUUUUAAAUUUAUAUAAUUACUUCAGUGUUCUUACUGUACAACUGGUGCAUUCAACGCUGUAUAUAUGUAAACGAAUCUUUACAUUUCAUUUUUAAAUAUAAAUGGGACUAAAUAGUAGCCUCCCACGCAGACGUUCUAGGGCAGGAACGCGUGACGAACCCCCUAAGAACGACUGCGUGGGGGGCUAACCAAUUUUUAGCUGUGGGACCCUAGUUUCGCGUGACAGUGACUACCCCUAAGGGAGGCUAGCGUGACAGCGGUAGAGUGACCAUUCGCCAGUAUCAUAUGUCUUCAAAGACGCAUUUUAGUUGACCUGGCAUGUCAUAUCUUGUAGACUGACUGGAUGAGUGGACGAUUAUAAAAUGAAGGGAAAGUUUUGUUGUUCUGUUUUUCUAUUACUGGUCCUCGCGACUCUGUAUAUAUUAACCAUGAAUGAAAUGAACUUAUGGCAACCCACACGAACUGUCAGAACUGAAGGUAAGAAUUGUGAUAUCGGACAGUAUGUUCUAGUUCUCGCUACGUUACUGAAUACUAUCACUGAAAGAAAUAACUAACGUAAAUAUUAUAAGAAACUAAAAUUCUCCUCAAUAUUCAAAAAUGACUAUCACAAUAGUGAUUGCUUUAACAUAGUCACCAAUGUAACUCACAGAAAAACACUGAAUAAAUUCAGACUUGGCGACCAUCGCUUACCAAUUGAAACGGGCAGACAUACAGUACCGAUACUCCAGAACAUCUUCGAAUUUGCCCCCUCUGCCUCUUAAAUGAAGUUGAACACGAAUUCCACUUUCUAUUCAAUUGUAAUCUUUACGAUAGUCUUUGAUCUAACUUUUACAGAAACAUUAGUAAUAGAUACCCCUUUUUUUUAGUAAUUUUUACAACAAUAAAAAAACCCUCUUCAUAUUUUUUACAAUGUCGAUCCUCAUAUCUACAGACUUACAGCUGCUUCCAUACAUUCAUGUAUGGAAUAUACACAAAAACUUGUUCUUUAAUUAUAGCCUUUAUUUUGAUUUAAGAUUUAUAACAUAAAUAAUGUAGGUAAUACUACGUACUCACGUGGGAAUACUGAAAUAAAGUUGUUGUUUAAUUAAUUCAUAAACAUCAAGAGACUCUUGAAGAGCCGAAGUUAAGCUGUUCAUAGCGACGAUUUUGAUUAUGACUGUUUUAUUUACCUGUAAAAAACGAUCAUUUGGUCUUUCAAGGCUGUUUAAUAGGAAAACAAAAUCAUAUAAACGCCAUAUUGACUAUGUCACGGUGUCGCCCCUGAUCAAACUCGCCUACUGGUGUUAUUAUUUAUUACCAGCACAGGAAUCCCAAGCUCACGUUACGAGUGUGUUUAGCCUGUUCCAGGCGUUCAGAUAGUAGAGCGCGGGAGAAAAAUUCAGGAAGAAAUUAAAAAAACGAGGGGAGACGUUUUCCCGGUGUACAACUUAACUCGCUCCCCACUUACCGCCGCGCUCUACUUUCUGAACGCCUGGAACAGGCUAGAGUGUGUUAUGUAACAUAACUUCCGCCGGUUGUGUGCCGCCCCCGGGGGGUAUUCCUGUGAAUUCUUGGUGGUCGCCCGGUUUUCCAAAUCCUGACCGACCUGACCCACAAAUGUCAUUUUUCACUCCUGUUUUCAGACCUGGACUCUCUGUUUCAGAAACAAAUAACAGUGAUCAAAACUUUCCUGUCUUGGAAUGGUUUUCCUAGAGUUGUUGCGCCUAACCUCAUUAAAAGUUUCAGGCGUAGUGGCUCUGAGCCAAGAUCAUCCAACAAUGAUACUAGCAAGAUAAUUUGGCUUCGACUGCCUUAUGCAGGCCACAUUGGACAGUCAAUCGUAAACAGACUAGUGCGGAAAUUAAAGCGUUGUUUGAAAGAACCUGUUUGUGUUAAAAUUUUCCACCAAACUAAGAAACUUUCAUCAUUUUGCUCGAACAAAGAUCCAAACCCUGACAUGUCCCGCUUGUAAUGCUGAAUACAUAGGCAAGACUGACGGCGUCAAGAUGACACCGAAAUGUCGUUCGUUCUUUUACUUGUCUGUGUAUAACUAAACCUUUGGUUAUUUUAAAAAAACCCUAUUCAAGGGGAAAAAAAAAAGAAUUUGAUACCAACUCUCAAAACCUCAUUAAAUUUGCUUUCCGAAUAUUCUAAGGGAUAGCUCACCAGCAAAGAGAUAGUUUGCUUCUGGUGUAACUGGGCUUUUACGCACUUGAGGGUGAGCUGCUGAUAUUUACUUACCUUACAUCCACAUGAACCAUUAGUACGGCUCUAAGACUGCUAGCUGUCCAUUGUAGGACACUGUCAAUAAUGCCAAGACGAAAGAAGGAACAGGAGGCCAGAUCCUACUGAAAAACGUUACUUUGUGCUCAUAGGUUCUAAAGAAACAUUAUUCUCUGAAAAGAACAAUCGCGAGAAUACCAUACAUGACGUUUAUGACGGGGUUCAGGCUUUGCUGGUGUUUAUUGGUUAUCCUAGAAGUGGUCAUACACUCGUCAGCUCGCUAUUAGAUGCUCAUCCUCACGUGAUCAUUGCUAAUGAGUUUGAUAUUAUUGGUAAAUGGAAAGAGUGGGACAUUGCUAACAGAAACAAGUAUUUCCUGUUUGAUCAGUUGUACCAAAACUCCAAACAGGAAUCUGAAAUUGGUUACAGAUCAGCUACAGUCAAACAUCGCUACAGUUAUCAUGUACCUAGACAAUGGCAAGGAACGUACAGUAAAAAGAUUCUGGUUAGUAUCUAGUAACAUAUAAUAAUUGCGGUUGUCAGAACUAUUUAGUCAAUUCUUAAAAGUUUAAAACGGCUAAAGUCUUGCGGAUUUUGAUAAGCCCUUUGCGUUAUUGAAGUAUGGUAAUUAUAGUUUAGGCUUAAGAUCCACAAGACUAUCAAUUGUUCUUUGUUGAUGCGAUGGAAACAGCAUUCCUAGUCAUUUUCACAGCCGCCUAUAGCAUGGUCCCCUUUUGUGGAUUGGCAGCCGACCUACUAUGAACACCUCGUACUGGUGCUCAGACUACUACGGUCAAGACAAGACCUUCCGAGGACUGGAAAGAGACUGGAGAGACAAACCGAUCCAAUUGGUUACCAGCUUCUUUGCUCUUCCUUAACAGGUGAUGGGAGCCAAAAAAGGAGGUAAGACGACCAGACAGCUCUUUCAAAAGGAGAACGUGAACGCUGUGUUACAGAUAGAAAAAGCGCUCAAGAUCCCUAUUAAAUAUAUUCAUGUCAUCCGUAACCCUUACGACAAUAUUGCGACAAUGUUACUCAGGAAAUUGAACAAGAGACCAGAUGCUCAGCAAGGAGAGAAGGUCAGUAAUACUCUAUUGGUCAUAACAUACCGGCAUACCUUGCUAGUAGAAUUUAAUUUACCGCAACCGAUUAAAUUCGGAAGCGAAAACCUAAAGAGCGGUGCUAAAUUUUACUCUUUGUAAUUAAAUGAUAAUGAUUUUUCAUUCAUAUUGCCACGAGUGUCGGACAAAAAAUCUGAUACCUUCACAACCUGGUUCCCCAGGACUCACCGACGUAAAGAAGAGACACCCUGCAAACGUUGUUGAAUCUUUGACAGGAUUUAAACUCAUGACCUAUUUGAUACUGCGGGCGGGCACUUGCUUGUAUCCUUUCUUUAGGUGGAUUCCUCGCACUGUGGAGUAAUUUUUACUUCCGUACACGCGUAAAUAAAAUAGAGGCAAGAAACUAGAGGCAAUGUAUGGAAGAUCGCGCGUAAACGUAAAAGUUGAUUCUCGCUCAACUUUACAUUUAAGCGUGGCCUUUCAAACAUCGCCUCUUUUUUAGUUACGCACAGAAAUGUUACUCGCGUAGGCAACAUAAGCUCAGCUUUUACUUUGCCUCGUUCCUGUGCGGUUUUCUCCCAGGCCUUCACGGUCAUGCGUUUUCGUGACGUAGUAUAUAACGUCACGUCGCUACAUGACCCAAUGGACUAUGCAACUUCUUAGAUUUUAUUCACGUUCUGAUAUAUUCACGGUAUAAAAUGCCGCUUUUCUCGUUUUAGAUCAAUGACACUCACAGCCUGAACCAACAAAUUGGGAAUUAUUUUACUUUAGCGAGGCUAAACAGUAAGCUCAAGACCCGUUUUGAAGGUGCAGUUCACGCGAUACACAGCUUGCAGCUGAUUAAAGAACCACAAAGAACUUUGCUUGGUGUUUGUCAGUUUUUAAAGCUUCAUUGUGAUCAGCAGUAUAUUGAAGAUUGUUCCAGCAUCAUAUACAAAGAGCCUACAAAAACUCGCCACAGUGUGGUGUGGACAGACAAACAAAAGGAGUUGGUUAUGGAAACGCUGAAGAAUUUUCCGUCUUUGAAAGAUUAUAAUUUUGACAAUUAG